GGGCGUGGUUACAGGGAGGAGAUGGCUGGUGGAAGCUUGUGACCUGGACCCAGCGCCGGAAGCUACCUAUUUGGUGAGGAUCUCCGGCAUAAUCUAAGGCCGCAAUGACUUCUGCACUGACCCAGGGCUUGGAGCGAAUCCCAGACCAGCUGGGCUACCUGGUGCUGAGUGAAGGUGCAGUGCUGGCGUCAUCUGGGGAUCUGGAGAAUGAUGAGCAGGCAGCCAGUGCCAUCUCUGAGCUGGUCAGCACAGCCUGCGGUUUCCGGUUGCACCAUGGCAUGAAUAUCCCUUUCAAGCGCCUGUCUGUGGUCUUUGGAGAACACACGCUGCUGGUGACUGUGUCAGGACAGAGGGUGUUUGUGGUGAAGAGACAGAACCGAGGCCGGGAACCCAUUGACGUGUGAACCUGCCAGAGGGCCAGGGUUGGAGAAGCAGCCUGGGUUCCUGGAUCUCUGUGAUGAGGAGGCAUACACGUCCCCCACCUUGUGUUUGGCUUGCUGCUGGAACCAGGGCCUUACAGUCAUCUACCUUUACGGGAUUUUGUGCUAUGUUAAAAAGAACUUGGGCAAAGGGAUCCCUCUUUUCCUCCCCUAUAUCCCCUUAAUAAACAAGC